CACCAAUCACAGCCUCCCAGCCAAGCAUCAAAGAGACCGCCGUGAGAACCAGCCAAUAGAAAGUCGGGCGAUGGGCGGAGUCUGGGAGGCCAAAAAGUGUAGGUUCUAGUGUACCGCCUUGUAGUUUGACACCUGAGUUUGUGGGUGGCGUAGACCAUACAAGGUUCUGCGAACAGUGUCUAGCUUGUUAACGAGUCAACAAGGUGAGGGUGUCACCAGUGGUCACACGGACUGGCAUAACUACGCUGUGACAGUGUACAACACUUGUUACUGGAGAUAACAGUGCGCGACGCGGGUUGACAACAUGACUAUUAGGCCUAUCUUCACCGGCUAUCCGUUUCAGGCUGGUGGUGUUUGUACAGGUCAGGGCCGCGUGAACCAGCUGGGCGGCGUGUUCAUCAAUGGUCGCCCUCUACCCAACCACAUUCGCCUCAAGAUCGUAGAGAUGGCGGCGGCGGGCGUGCGUCCGUGCGUCAUCUCCCGCCAGCUGCGCGUCUCCCACGGCUGUGUCUCCAAGAUCCUCAACCGCUACCAGGAGACCGGCUCUAUCAGGCCAGGCGUCAUCGGCGGCUCCAAGCCUAAGGUGACCACCCCAGAUAUUGAGAAACGUAUCGACGAAUACAAGAAAGAGAAUCCUGGUGUGUUCUCCUGGGAGAUCAGAGAUAGACUCAUCAAGGAGGGCGUAGUGGACAAGGUGACGGCGCCUUCUGUCAGCUCCAUCAGUAGGAUCCUGAGGGGCGGGAAGAGGGACGACGACCCAAGGAAGGACCACAGCAUCGACGGUAUCUUGGGUGGUGGAGGCAGCGACGAGAGUGACAUCGAGAGCGAGCCAGGGAUCCCACUCAAGCGCAAACAGCGUCGCUCGAGGACGACCUUCACGGCGGAACAGCUGGAGGUACUGGAGCGGUCCUUCGAGAAGACGCAGUACCCAGACGUGUACACGAGGGAGGAAUUAGCUCAAAAAGCCAAACUGACAGAGGCGCGGGUGCAGGUAUGGUUCAGUAAUCGUCGUGCUCGUCUACGGAAGCACCUGAGCAGCCAGCAGCUAGCAGGGUUGUCCUCCACCAUGCCAGCUGCAGCUGCUAUGCCCACAGCCGCAGCCUCCUCCUACAUGAACCAGUACGCCCCUCCCGCAGGCGACCACACAGCUGUUGCCGCCGCCGCCUACCAUUCUUCCAGUGCCUGGCAGAGUUCCGGCGGUUACGACUACGCCAGCGCUGCCGCCUUCACCACCGAUAACUCCGCCCACGCCCUCAUGACCACACCAAUGACCGCCAUGACGUAUCCUGUGACCUCUAUGACGCCCACCAUGAACUCCGGAGUAACAACGCCCUCCACGGAGGCCGGCUGGAGCACUGUGAAGACUAUGGGCUCCACACCCAUGGGCGGCUGGAACACUGGAUUCUCCAGCCUGGGCGGCGACCAGCUGGGCGGCCUCUUAGGUGGACAAGGAUACAACAUGGGUGGCCAUGCCAUGCCCGCCCCCGCCCAUGCUAUGACAGAUAAGACCCACGCCCACACGCCCUCCACCCCAGCCGCCUACCCUCCGGCCUACUUCCCCCAGUUUACUGACCCCUCCAGUCUUAUGUGUGGGCGUGUGCACUAGUCCCCGCCCACCCGCCCUCCCCACUCACGCCCUCCAUUAACACAUUGACGCCCAUCACUGUCCUCUCGUGCUCAGCCCGCACCCCUGAUAAUUAAUGUUUCACCACCUUCAUAGUGGGCGUGCUUCCUUUUCUUACGCCCGUCCACAAGUGCCUUCAGUGGUGCCAACAACCAUGUAGGGGCGACAGAGGGGCGUGUGUGACCGAUCCACCCACUCCUCCACCCACUCCGCCACCCAACACCCACUCCACCCCGCCAUCACUGUGGCCGCCCAGUACUCCACCAGACCUACCUUCGCCCAAGUGGUCAACUAGCUAUUAUUCUGCUUUAUUAGUGCCUUAACUAGCACCUAACAUUGCUAGUGUUCACCUUGUAUAGUUCACCUAGCUAGUAUUCACCUAGUUAUUGUUCACCUAGUGCACAUCACCUAGCUAGUGUUUACUUGUGUUCAUCUAAUACACAUCACCUGGCUGGUGCUCACAUUGCUGGUGUUCUAGUAUACGCCCAUCAGCUAGUGUUCACCCAGCUAUUGUUCAGCCAGCUAGUGUUCAGUCAGCUAGUGCUCAGCCAGCUAGUGCUCAGUCAGCUAGUGUUCUGUACUGGCACAUCUUGGGCCAUCUUUCCUGUACAUAUUAGUUUGUUUUAUCUCAUGUACAGAUAGGAGUUCUUGUCUGUUGCUGUACAGACCUCCACGAGUCAGUGUUAUUCUGUACAGACAUAAAAACAGACAGACAGACACUAUAAGUCUUCCGUAUACUGGCCGAGCCUUGUAGCUGUCAGUAAUGAUCUUAGCCAAAGUUAAUAUUAGUGUAAUUAAGUUACGUCACGUCGUCUAGUGAGUCACCUCUCCUUAUGCAUUGUUACUUUAUCUCAACGUGUACAUCCAUGGAUACAAAUUGCACACUUUGUAAAUGUUUUUUAUAAAUUAUUCUGAACAUGUACAUGUAUGUAGAAGUGGGUAAUAUAUUUCCUCUGCACGUGUACAUGUACGGAAGAGUUGGCUUUUGUGCAAAAAUUUGCAUGUACAGUACAUGCAAGGAAAACUUUGCCAGUAUUAAUGUACUCAAGGUACUCCCACUGUCACUCACACACAACAAGACACAGUUCAUCUCCGUGAUAACUGCUUGUGCUUGUUGCACCAUAAAACAUAACUCAAGCGUACAUAAUCUAUUUAUAUGAACGUACUGAUGCUCCAGUGGUGUUAUGUACAGAAGAUGUACAACGCAGGUGUACCACAAAUGUACACCAUCACCGUACCAACAAGAAAAAACAUGUACUUUUAGUUACAAAUAUUGAUCACAACUACGACACGUAUAGAAUGUUUAUAAAUACUUGUCACACCACCAUCAACGCGUGUUAUAUUGUUUACAAAUACUGAUCACAAUAAGAGUAACACGUGCUAAUUUGUUUAUAAAUAUUGACCUCAGUAACAACAUGAAACACGUGUUGCUUAGUUUACACGCACACACUAGUCUAGAGUAGCCAGCUAGUAUUAAUUCAUAAUUUUGUAUAUACAGUAUUGAUAAAAGUUAUACUUCAUGUUAAACAUAAAAAAUCUGAGGUGAGGAUUGAUGUCGAAAAAGAUCCUCUCUCUGACACACACAGGUCAGACCACCUUUACACCUCCCUGCUCUGUAACCAUUUAGUUAUAAGCCCAUAAUGAUGUUAUUCAUUAGAAUAAUCAUACACAUCUGUUAUCAGCAUAGUUAUUCACAUUUGUUAUGCAAAUGUUGACAGGUUUUGUUUCCCACUUGUUAUAUAAGUGUAUUGAUGUAUUACUUGUAAUUCUGAUGAAAUAAA